AAAACAAUCGUAAAACCUAAACCAAUAAAAGGCCGGCCCAAACGAGAUUUAUUGUUAUACAAAUAACUUGGCUUUCUUCUCUGUAGGGUUAUUUUCUUUCAACUUCAACUUCCCCAUGGCGAGUUCUAGCAAAGCUAAUUCACUGGGUAAGCGAAAGCCGGAAGAUGAUUUGGACACUGAACCGGUUCUGAGGAGACAUAAAUCCGAGGCGAAGGAGACAAAGUCUGACGAGUCGGCUUUAAACUCAGCCAAGGAGACAAUUGAAGGACUUGAACUUGAUGAAGAUCCAGAUUUUGUUGAGGAAGCUGCAGGACCACCUAAUAAGAAGCUCUUUCUUGACAAACUCUCUAGCCAAACUGAAAUAUCAGAUGUCAUCGACUUCUUCAAAGAUGUUGGACAAGUUGUUGGUGUUCGACUUAUGCUAAACCACAAGGGCGGCCGUGUGGACAAACGUGUGGGCAGGCGUGUGGAAAAUCGUCUGGGUUUAGGCUUUGUUGAAUUUGCUUCUUCUGACGAAGCUAAGAAGGCGCUGAAAAUGAAGACCGGUGAAUAUUGGAGCCGUAACAAGGUUUUUCUUAAAGUGGCAGCUACAUCCCUUCCACCCAAGUAUUGCGUAGAUCACAAUGUGUGGUACGAAGACUACCUUCAACGGGAAGGCCUUCUGAUAGAAGGACUUGAUGAAAUUCCAGAUUCUGCUGAGGAACCUGCCAUACCAAAAAAGACGCUCUUUGUGGGCCGUUUCUCUCCCCAAACUAAACCAAGAGAUAUCAUCGAUUUCUUCAAAGAUGUUGGAGGAGUUUCUUAUGUUCGACUUAUAGGAGACCACACGGGCAAGCAUGUGGGUUAUGGCUUUGUUGAUUUUGCUUCUGUGAAUGAUGCAAAUAAGGCGCUGCAACAGAAGAAUGGUGAAUCUUUGCACGACUGUAAAAUUUUUCUUGAACUGGCUAAUAAUGGAGCGACGUACCUUCCACCCAAGUAUUGCCUAGAUUACAAGGUUUGGUUCGAAGAAAGCCUUCCGGUUGAAGGACUUGAUGCAACUCCCGAUUUUGCUGAGGCAACUGCCGUACCAAAGAAGACUCUCUUUAUUUCCCAUCUCUCACACCAGAAAACUAUCAUAUCAGAUAUCAUCGAUUUCUUCAAAGAUGCUGGGGAAGUUGUUCGGGUUCGACUUAUUCUAGACCAGUGUGGUGAGCAUGCGGGCUGUGGCUUUGUUGAGUUUGCUUCUUCUAACGAAGCAAAUAAGGCGCUGCAGCAAAAGAACGGUGAAUAUUUGCACAACAGCAGCAUUUUUCUUGAUGUGGCGAAUAAUGAAUUUGCAGAGAACCUUCCACCCAAGCAUUGCAUAGAUCACAAGGUUUGGUUCAAUGAAGACUUGCUUCAAAGUGAAAGUUUUGUGAUAGAAGAAGAUAAGACACCUGCUGAGAACGUACUCCUUGUUGCCAACCUCUCUCCACAAACAACUAAAAUAUCACAUAUCAUCAAGUUCUUCAAAAAUGUUGGAGACGUUGUCAGUGUUCGACUUAUUGUUAACCGCGAGUGUAAGCAUGUGGGCUAUGGCUUUAUUGAGUUUGCUUCUCCUUAUGAAGCACAGGAGGCGCUGAAAAUGGUGAAUGGUGCAUAUAUGGACGAUCAUAAGAUUAUGUUGAUGAAAGGACUUGAUCAAACUACUCCCGAUUUUGUUGAGGCAGUUGCCACCUCAAGAAGUAAGACGCUCUAUGUUGCCAAUCUCCCUCGCGAAAAAACUGAAAUAUCACAUAUCAUCGAUUUCUUCAAAGAUGUUGGACAAGUUGUUCAUGUUCGACUUAUUUGCAACCUCAUGGGCAAUCAUGUGGGCACUGGCUUUGUUGAGUUUGCUUCUGCUGAUGAAGCAAAGAAGGCGCUGGAAAAGAAAAAUGGUGAACAUUUUCACCGUCGCAAAAUUUUUCUUGAUGUUCCUAAGAAGGCUCAAGGCCGAUUCAAGUAUUGCAUUGAUCACAAGGUUUGGUACGAAAACUACCUUCGACAAGAAAGCCUUUUGAUAGGAGCUGACGAAACUCCCGAUUUUGCUGAGGAAAAUGCCGUUAGGAGAAAGACACUCUUUGUUGCCAAUCUUUCUCACCACAAUAACGAAUUGCAGAUUUCAAAUAUUUCCAAAAUCUUCAAAGAUGUUGUACAAGUUGUUCGUGUUCGACUUAUUGUAGACCACUGUGGUGAGCAUGUGAACUGUGGGUUUGUUGAGUUUGCUUCUUCUAAUGAAGCACAGAAGGCGCUACGACACCGGAAAAGAAGAUGUAAGCUUAUUUUCUACGAGGCUGAAAUAGCUGCUACGUACCCUUUCCGACACAAGUACAACCUUGCACAAAAGCUUUGGUACGAGGACAAGCUUCGACGAGAAUAUUUGAAGACCGCCCCGAAUCUGAAGAUCGCCUUCACUGACGAGUGAUAGAAAACGAUGAAGGGCUCUUUGGUGUUUUUACCUACAGUGGCAACUUAGUUUAUAACUUUUUAUUAUCAGUAAAAUAAGUGUAAUGUUUAAAUGCCUUACUUUGAUCUCACUGCAACGCUCUGGUUUUUUUUUUAUCACUAUGACUUUUUAUAACUGUCCGCGACAAGAUAGAGGUUAGAUCAACUGCUUUUCUCACACUGGGAGACCAGCCCCGAGUACCAAAUAACUUCUAAAAGUUCUCACUACCCCUUGUCUUUUCUCACUAUUCUUUGUUUGGAGCAUUUUUAGUAUUUGUUUGAAUAUGACUUGUUUUUUAUUCACUGCAA